AUGAAGUAGUAAACAUAAUCUCACUAAAAUAAGGAUGAUGAUUAUUUUAUAAAACAAUCAGAGUAAAGACUAAAUUAAAUCCAUUAUAUAAUGACUACUAUUGAAAACAAAGAGAAGUAUGCAAGAGGAAAGGGUAGAGAUCUAACUUCAUUAAAAAAGAGAAAAAAAGCAUUUUAAUCACUGGAAUAAAAAUUUAAGGAACAUGAAAAAACAUUUAAAUCCAGAUUUAUAAAUGAUGGGUCUUAAUCAAAUAGAAAAUUUAAUCAUAUUUUAACAGAAGCUAGCUCUUUUUGUUAGGAAAUUAUACCUAAUAUAUCAAGAAUAAAGACAGUAGAUUAGCAUAGAGGAUUAGAUUUUUUAGCUAUAAAGAAAAAUUAUAAGGAAUAAUCUGAAUUAAAUGUUGAAGCAUGGUAAACAGAUUAAAGAUAUCUUAAAAUAAAAGAAGAAUUAAUAUAAAUGUAAUAGGAUGCAAAAUUACCUGAUUAUUGUAAAUUUUGCCUUAUAAAUAAUAAAGAAACUCUAAAAAGAAUGAAUAGAUCAAAUCAAGAAGUUAAAGAAACACGUUUGUUAUUUAAUUUAAAGGAUAAAUAUCCUCCAGAAAAAUUAAAAGUUUUUAUGGAAAAAAUCUUAAGAAAAUAUUAAAGAUUAAAAUAAAAUUAAGUACUUGUACCUAAUGGAGUAGGAUGGAAAUUAUUAACAAUUAAGUCUAAAAUACCUUAAAAUGAAGAUGAUGUUUUAAUUAAAGAACAUUUAUUAGAAAGAAAAUAGCCUUCAAGAAAAACAUAAUUAUUAAAAGCAAAAAUAUAAUUCGUAAAAUAAUUGAAUGAUGAGAAAAAAAGAAUGGCUGUUUAUGAAGAAAGUGUAUCAUAAAAUUAAGCUAUUUAAUAAUUUAAGAAAAGAAUUUUUAAUAAUAAUAGUGAACCUAAUUUAGUAAUUCAAUAAUAAAGAGAAUAUAUAUAAAAUGAAUUUGAAGAAUAUAAAAAGCGAUUAGAAAAAUUUAAAGAAACAGCAAAAAAUGAUCUUUAUUAGUUAUCUCAUCUACAUAAGAAAAAUUAUGGAAUAAGUCUUGAGUCUCGAGUUAUGUCAUCUUGA